CCAAUCUUUUUGCAGUCGCGUGUAAAAAGUAGGGGCCAGAGAGGUUUGAAAGUGACCCUUGUACGAGGCUAUAACCUGGAGCAUCUGUGGCUCUGUCUCUUACAGAACAAAGUGGAGGAGCUAAACCAGCGACUGAGGCAAGCUAUGGAUGACAGCAGGAACCUGCCGUACGGCCGCCCUGCUGUCCUCUUCAGAACCAAAUACUCCAUCCUGCACCACAGCGACUACAUCAGCGGCUACAGCGAGGCCCUGUCCAUGCCUCUGUGGACGUCAUACAGCGUCAGCAGACAGGUAGAAGUGUCCCCUCUGCCUGAAGCUCUGUUUAACUGCGUGCACGCUGACAGCAGAGUCCCCCCCACCUACAGUCAGUCGUGCACCAACUACAGAGCAGACAGACAGAUCACCUACGGCUUCCUGUACCCCCCCCAAUUGUCUUCAAGCAUAGAGAAAAAAUAUGAUGCUGUCCUCAUCACCAACACUGUGCCCAUGUAUCCUGCAUUCAAGAGAAUAUGGGGUUACUUCCAGAGAGCGCUGGUGAAGAGAUUAUGCCACUGAGAGAAAUGGAGUGAAUGUGCUCAUUGGACCCAUUUUUGACUACGAACUAUAAUGAUUGCGUCAGGGGGACUCUGCGGAGAAGAUAAA